CCGAACGAACAGCUGUCGUCACUCUAGUAUUAUUAUAUUGGAAAAUUUCAAAAAGUAAAAAUGAAUAUUUUUGGCAAUAUUUUACGUUGUUCUAUACGUAAUAGAUUGAUAAUUACUGGCUCAUUCCAAUCUUGUUUGCCGACGAUAAGUACACCAGUAGCGGCAGUGAGUUUUAUACAUCAUUCUGUUCACACAGCUAAAACUCAUUCUGGAUCGAGUGAUUCGGGCCAGAGUACAGAUAGUGUAAAGCCCAAGUCUUCAUCGAAAAUUACGCUGGUUGGAACCGAUGAAACCGUCACCAUCGUGAGUAUAGAUGAGGCACAGAAAAUUUCUAAACGACGUGAUUUAAAACUGGUAAAGAUUAUCGAUUUGGACAUUAAGACACAUCGUCCGGUUUAUAAACUCAUGACUAGCGCGGAAUUUCUCACAGAAGAUUUAAAGCGUCGACAAAAGAAAAAUAUGAACAGAGAAGAAAAGAGCAUAAAAGGCAAUAAGCUGUUAUCAAUUAGUGCUCGAAUUACCAAUCAUGAUUUGAAUUCGAAAUGUCAGAAUGUUAUGAAAUGGUUGAAAAAGAAUUACGAGGUUCGGGUCGUCGUUUCCGGAGAUGGUGACAAGACCAAACAGGAAGCAGUUGCUGCUCGGUUUGAAGAAACUAUUAAGGGCAUUGGGAAAAUAGUACAGCAACGUUUCAGCGAAAACAACUUGAGAUUCACUAUUUUGCCCAUUACAAGUAGUAGUGACCAGGAAAUUACCAAAUCAAAUAAGAAAGAUUUAUAUGAAGCAAAUCAGAAAAGUUGUAUUUCAGACACACAUUCAAUUCGAACGUUUCAUACUUAUGCGCGACUGCUUGCGUGACAAUCAAAGCCGGAGCACGAGAAUCUUCAAAUGAGCAAUUAUCAAAAAGCUAAACCAGUUGUUUUCAUUGGAUUGUUGCUGAUGGUGAAGUACGCGCUAUGGACAUAUAUAUUAAGAGAUUUUUCUUCUAGAUAAUCAUAUAUUACCUCACGUUUUUUGUGUUUGUAUGGUUUACGAGGUUGAAAGUAUGCUGCGCAUUUAAAUUGGAGUGCGGAAAGAAGUUUGCUUGUGUAUUAUGACAAUAAAAAAAGAUCAAACUACUAGACUUUCAAAUCAAAGCGGGCAAUGUAUCUGUCACUAUGCAUUAACUAAGCCAUUUUUUCAUUAGAACGACAAAGUGAUGUUGAAGAUUUUUGAAUACAUGAUUUGGUUAUUACCAUGAGGAUAUCAUUUGCUUCCGCAAUUCUGAGAUUUUUGUGUAGGGAAAAUUCUAAACCUACUUGUAUUGUGUAAUGGGGAAAAGGAACUUAUAUACUAACUUACUAACUAAUACAGAGAACGAAUCGAUUCAAUUGAAGAUUGCAUCGAUUUUUGUCGGAAUUUGCUUAUAAUAUUAUGUGACAUUACUUCUAAUGGUUCUAUAUUUGUGAGUCUGUGUAACUUAUUUGUACUAAACCAUGAAGGACGCUUCAAAAUCAUUUUCAGAAUUUUAUUCUGAAUCUUUUGAAGCGUUUUGUUCCUGGUGGAACAACAGCUUGACCAAAUUGGUACUGCAUAAAGCAUGGCUGCUCUGAAAAUUUGCUUAUAAAUUAAUUUAGACAGAGCU